CAUAUUAAUUAUUAACGCUAUUUAAUACCUAAUUUUUAUACCAUUUCAUCCCAGUUCAAAUUCCUCCACUUAAUUCUUAAUUUAAUUGUAUUUUAAUUAAAUUAUUCUAAAUUAAUAAAUAUUUGUAAAUUUUAAUUACAUUUUAAAUCUUAAAAUAUUGAUUUAAUAGUUUAUUAUAUUGUGUUUAUGGAAUCUGAGUAUGUUGACUUGACUCAGUAUGUAAUUUUAAGGGAAGACUUACAAACUGACGGGAAACCUUGGCCUAGAGGCGCUCUUAUCGCACAAGCUUGUCACGCUUGCAUAUCAGUCAAUUCUCUGUAUAAUACUGAUGAGGGUGUGAUAAAAUACACUAGUUUUGAGAAUCUACCGAAUCUAAGAACCGUUGUUUUAUCUGUUGAAAACGAGUCUUCCUUGCUGGACUAUCACAGGGUUCUCACCAGUAAUCUGGUCAAGAGUCAUUUAUUCACUGAGAAGCCAGAGAAUAUCAUCACUUGCCUUGCCACUGUCCCUAUUGACAAGAGGAAAGUAGGGUCUCUCCUAAAGAAGCUUAAAACUUUUAAGUAA